AUAGAGACAAUAAGCCUCGGACUAUAUGCAAACGCGUCACAAAGGGCUGAAGAGCAAUGCGUGUGGGUGAUUGAACUGACGCAAAAAGCCGGAAGCGAGCUGAUCUAAAUUGCAAUUACAUGCAAAAGUAGACGCUGUGCUAAAUUCUAUUUAUAUAUACAUAUGUGACGCAAUAGUUGAUCUCUUGCCGUUUUCGUGCAUUCCAAAAUGGUCGAGGACAAGGAGAAUGUAGCCGUUGUGGGUCAGGAGCAAGUCUCCAAAAAGGCAGCGAAGAAACAAGCAAAGGCAGCAAAAAAAGCUGAGCAGAAGGCAGAGACUGCAACCACUGUUGCUGCUGAUGGUUCGGCCGGCGAUAAUGCAGUUGAUACCGCUGUGGGUUUAUAUGGUGUCUCUGAGCUGAUACAGUCUAAGGACAAGCGGACGGAACGCAACUUUGUAGAUGUGCACGAACUGAGUAAUCAUGUAGGCAAGGGCUUGGUCUGGGUGCGGGGACGUGUGCAUACUUCUCGUGCCAAGGGCAAACAGUGUUUCCUCGUUUUACGUCAGCAGAGCAGCACGGUGCAGUGCAUCCUGGCAGUUGGUGAUGUCGUUUCCAAGCAGAUGGUCAAAUUUGCCGGCAACAUACCAAGGGAGAGCAUUAUUGAUAUUCAGGCAAAACCAGUGUCGGUGCCAAACAAGAUUGAAUCAUGUACCGAGCAAUUAUUGGAGCUGUGCAUCGAACAGAUUUUUGUCAUCUCGCAGGCAAAGGCUCAGCUGCCACUACAGAUUGAAGAUGCAGCACGCCCUGAAAAUCCAGAUGAUGUUGAGAGUCUCAACAUUCGCGUGAAUCAGGAUACGAGGCUGGAUAACCGUGUGCUCGAUCUGAGAACGCCAGCAAAUCAGGCAAUAUUUCGCCUUGAAGCUGGUGUAUGUCGUCUGUUUCGCGAUAUUCUUACCGAAAAAGGAUUCACUGAAAUUCAUACGCCCAAGAUUAUAUCCGCAGCUAGUGAGGGUGGUGCCAAUGUCUUUACUGUAAGCUACUUUAAGGAUUCAGCAUAUCUGGCUCAAUCACCACAACUCUACAAGCAAAUGGCUAUCGCAGCUGAUUUUGAUAAGGUGUUUACAGUGGGCGCUGUUUUCCGCGCUGAGGACUCAAACACACAUAGGCAUUUGACCGAAUUUGUGGGGCUUGAUUUGGAGAUGGCAUUCAAGUAUCACUAUCAUGAAGUGUUACACACCAUUGGCAACACCUUCACCGCUAUCUUCAAGGGGUUGCGCGACAAGUAUAGCCGGGAAAUCGAAGCUGUUGGACAGCAAUAUAGAGUGGAGCCUUUCAAGUUCUUGGAACCACCGCUUAUAUUGCAGUUUUCAGAAGGCGUCGCUAUGCUGCGCGAAGCUGGUGUGGAGACCGGCGACGAGGAGGAUUUGUCAACACCCAAUGAGAAGCUGCUCGGCCGUUUGGUAAAAGCCAAAUACGACACCGAUUUUUACAUAUUGGAUAAGUUCCCAUUGGCGAUACGUCCCUUUUAUACAAUGCCUGAUCCCAAUAAUCCUAUCUAUUCGAACUCAUACGAUAUGUUCAUGCGGGGCGAAGAAAUUCUGUCUGGCGCACAGCGCAUACACGACCCAGAGUACUUAAUUGAACGUGCAAAGCACCAUGGCAUUGAUAUUUCAAAAAUUGCGGCUUAUAUUGAAUCGUUCCGAUAUGGCUGCCCACCUCAUGCUGGCGGUGGCAUCGGUAUGGAACGCGUCGUCAUGUUAUAUCUGGGAUUGGACAACAUUCGGAAAACAUCAAUGUUCCCACGUGAUCCCAAACGGCUAACACCUUAAACAUUGAGCCUUUAAUUGAAAAUAAUUGAAUACAAUUCGAACUUUUAA